AUCGUCUCACCAGCUUAGUUCAAUCCUAGAAUCACUGAAGCGUGACUCGUCCAAUCAAGGUUUCUCGAAAAUGAAGGUGUUCGUAGUGCUGUCCAUGGCCCUGGCCAUCGCAUCCAGCGCAGCAGUUGACGAUUCCGCCAAGAAGGAAAAGCGUGGGCUCUGGGAAUUGGGAUACGGUCACGAUAACCUGAACCUCGAUCACCACUACAACAAUCACCAUCUGGAUUUUGACCACCACAAGGAAGUCAAGCACAUUUCGACCACCAUCACCAAGAACGUCCCGGUUCCGUACCCAGUAGAGGUCGAGAAGCACGUCCCCGUGGAAGUGAAGGUCCCCUAUCCGGUGCACGUAGAGAAGAAGGUUCCGGUCUACGUCGAAAAGCAAGUCCCGGUGGUCGUUGAGAAGAAGGUCCCAUAUCACGUCGAUCGCCCAGUUCCCUACCCAGUCGAGGUCAAGGUCCCAGUCGUCCACAAGGAAUACGUCGAAGUACCCAAGCCUUACGCAGUUCACGUUGAGAAGCCCGUUCCGGUGGUCAUCCAGAAGCCGGUGUACGUUGAGAAGCAUGUCCCGGUGACCGUGCACGUCAAGGAGCACCACCACAAGAACAAGCAUUGGGGACUGUUCUAAGUGAGUAGUAUUUAAGAAAUGUAUUGAAGUGGAAUAUAAGAUUUUUUUUUGAAAACGUA